UUUUCUUUACAAAUUAUUAAACAAAGCAUUGAGAGAAGAAGAUUUAUCAAAAGUUGAUACUUUAGGACCUUUUUGUGAUUUUCUUUGGAAUAGUCUUUCAUCAGAAAAUUUAAAAUCAAAAUAUCAAUUUACAGGUUUAGUUUAUCGUAGUGCUUCAUUAGAACUUGAUGAAAUUGAUGCUUACAAAAAUUCUAUUAAAAAAAAUCCUAAAGAAUGGCUUGGAUUUUCAUCAACAAGUAAAAAUCGUGCUUUAGCAGAAAUCUAUGAUGGAAAUACUCUUUUUAUUAUUAAUGUACCAUCACAAUCACAACAUUUAGAUAUAUCGACAAUAUCAAAUUUUCCUGUGGAAGAAGAAGUAUUAUUAGGAGCUUCAACUAGUUUUCAAAUUGAACAUGUUAAAUAUGAUGAAACUACUCGAAAACAUCAUAUUUAUCUUAGAAUUUUAUGGUAA